UUUUUUCUUCUAUUGUUUUUCUCCACGUCCCACUCAUGUUGCUUUUGGACUAUACAUAGCAAGCGCAAUGCAGCCCUAGCUCCACCCCCAUUGUUAUUAGCCUCUAGUUUGUCGUUAUGUGAGUGUGACUGUGUUAACACGAUUUUCGCAUGAGAGUGAGAGCAUCUUUUGUGAGUAAUCAUAUAGGACUCCUCUCAACUUGCUCAAUCAAUGUAUUCGCAUUAUUGUUUAGAACACGAAUAUGAGUUGACAGCAUUUCAAAUGAAUGAGUAAAACUUACCUGCGCAACACAAAAACGUUAUUUAUGGCUUGCAACUACCUAGAUCUAGCCUACUCUCAACAUCGUUCAUUGUUCACUUAGUUGUACAUUAUGGAGAGUCAAGGUGCUACUUCGUUGUCGACGCGCUCUGGUGUGGUGUCGCCUUCCGCUCCUGUACCUCGUGCGCGGUCACGGUCAAACGAUGUCGAUGGAAGUCCGCUUCCCUCGUCAACAGGGCUGUCAAGCAACGCAAGGGAAGUCCGCGAGUACCGGCUUUCCCUGUCUGCCUCCCGCGGCGAAGGACGACAACUGGAUGGCCUAAUGUCUAGCGGUGGUUCCUCUGCAUCAUCUGCUGGAUCAGGGAACGGAACCAACCUGUUUGGAGGAGGGAGCAAGAUGAAUGGCGCACGAGCUGAUGGACUCAGUCUCAGAUUAUCGAGUGAGCCACCGCAUCACGAUGCAAGCAUAUUGGACGAAGACGAGCACGAGGACCACGACGAAGGGCAUCCAGUGCGGAGAUGGGAGCACGAAGUUGAGUCCUUUCGACUCUUUUCUAGGCCCAGGAGUGUCAGUGUGCUAGUCGUCCUACUCGCAAUCGUGUUCUACUUCGCCUGGCGAACUCAGCCGGAUCCAAGGGUCUACUAUGACGCACAGGGACGCGCAAUAGCCUUAAAUCAUGCGACAGCUACGAGAAAAGCACAACAAGAGUCCUCGAUAGGAGCGUCAUCCAGUAUACCGAAGGUCGCGAAGCAAGCGGAUGAGCAUGAAAUUGAGACGACUAAUCGCGCGGCGCAGUCAAUAUGGAAUGGCUAUCGUGGUGGGUGCCUGCUGAUCCUCACAGUCGCUAUGGUUUCCUUUCCUGACAGCCCCUUUACGAGACCGCACCCGCUCGUUUGGCGCCUCGUGCUUGGUCUUUGUUUUAUCUACUGGCUGACUCUCGUGUUCGUUCUCUUCGCAGAAUACCAGCAGGUGCGAGCAGCAUUAGCAUGGCUGUACCCGAAUGAACUGACACCCGAAAGAUGGAACCCCCAGCCCCUGCCUUGGGUAACUCUUUCUUUCCUCGACUCCCCAGACUACGCGAGCGACUGCAGCCUCACGUGGAAAAAUCUAGGCGAGAAAUUUGACGUACACGCUACUUGCCUUUCUGAAAACUCGGUUUAUAUCUGAUCGUUUGCAUUUGCAUUUCGCGACUUCUUUCUAACUGGUAGUGCAUUGAUAGUGAGUCAUAGAUUGGAGUUCGACCAAUUAGUUGCAGAUGUUUGAUUGAUACUUUUACCUAGAUCGUCUAGUUUCAGUUUCUAACAUGACGAGUAAUCCUCUAGUAUCCUAGCAUUAAAAUCUCAGGUUUUCGUGGUAUGUCAUUUUCUCGGCUGGGCAGCGAAAGGACUUAUUAUCCGGAAUUUCACGCUGUGCUGGAUCAUGUCAGUUUUCUGGGAGAUUACAGAACAGUUCUUUGCUUUCAUACUGCCAAAUUUCAGCGAGUGCUGGUGGGAUAGUUGGAUCGCCGAUGUGCUAAUUUGUAACGGUCUAGGAAUCUGGUUUGGCAUCGAGGUUUGCAAGUAUUUUGAGGUCAAGUCCUACGAUUGGCAUGCGGACACUUUUUUUAUGAGUGGUACGCGAAGUCGAGUAAACCUUGAGAUUCAGCUGAAUCACCUCAACCUAUUGUAGUCUGUUGAUUUCUGUGAAUUAUAAAAUCUAGCCAUACCACGACUGUACUGUCUGCACGACGAAGAACGAAGUGAUAAAAACAACUACUUAGUCCUAAUUUCCACUGGCAUCUCCACGUCUUUUUAGUUUUUUGUCUUUCAUUUCUUGGGAGGGCAGUAAAAAAUCGCGAGUAAGAAGAGCACUUGUAGACAUGCUGCGACCACGAGAUUGGCUGAGAGUUCGGUGGGACCCGCUCCAGACGCGAAAGCGAUACAUGGUGAUUAUUGGGAUGGUUCUAGUAAACCAAAUUGUGGAAUUGAACGCGUUUAUUAUCAAAAACAUCUUCGAAAUUCCUAGUCCGCACAAGCUGAAUAUCUACCGCCUCGUCUUUUGGGCGCUGAUGUGCCUACCCGCAUGCAGACAGGUAUAGAUUGCUAUCUAGGAAGAGACACAUAUGAAAUUAAGUACUCAUUUGUUGAACGGGUAGUUCGGAAAGUAGAAAUAGAGAACACAUUGAAUUUGAUUUUCUGAGAUUUCAAAACUUUUUAAGGUGUACAUGUUCGCGAUUGACGAAGCAGUUGUUCGACUGGGUACGUAUGCUUGGUUCGGGCUUGGAACUGCGUUAACAGAGUUGCUGAUCGGCAUAAAGUUCGGCUUUUGUAUGUCUCAGCCACUAGCGCCGUGGCCGAUUGCGAAAAGCUUGCAAGUAACCUCUGCGUGGCUGGUCGCACUGUGCCUAUUUACAACGGUAUGGCUGUACUUGUCUCGCGCUCUCGAGCGGUCCGCAGUGGGGCAAUGGUGGGCGACGAAGGACCUCAGGUUAUUCGCGCCGAAGGCGAAGAAAAGCACGAAUCAACCGAAGCGAGUGGCAAGUGCUUCAACCGAUGGCCUUCGUAAAAAUGCAUCAUCGUCCGGUCUAAAGCAGGAGUGAGUCCUCUGUCUGAACGGUGUUUGUCCGAGGUCCACCUGCUUGACGCUUGCGCCACGGUCCCUGUCAGUUAUGCAUGCAGAGACACCAUGACAAACCUAGCUGCGCGGAAAAAACUUUGUGGUUUUUGCAGAACCAACUGGAGCUAGCUGUAACAAAGGUUCUUCCCUUGCUGGUCUCCAACUACCUGUUGUCCUUGAGUAAUCGUAGGUAUCCUAACUCCUGAUCCCUCCCUGGGGUAUUCGCUACACAUUUUUUAGACACCCAUUGUCGCACAAUUUUCGCUUUUUUCCAUCAUUCAUUUGCAUGGAUGAUUCAUGCGGCUUUUCUUCUACUUCUUAGCAAAUCAAAGCUGUUCCUUUCACUCUCUGCAAAUCUUACGGUCGCAUGGUUCCAGCUGCAUGUCUGCGCUCCACUCGGCGUGUAAACACAGUCAAUAGCAUGCUUGUUAUGCGCAAGGCAGCGUCCCGUCCGUUUGUCUUUGUGCUGAGUUUUCUUGUGCUGGUCCCGGGACGAAGAGCAUUCAUGUUUACAACAGUGGCCAUAAGCACCGACCCUGUUGCAGCAUCAGGCUAUAAAUCUGCAUGUCACGCAACUGUUGUUCUUCCCUCUGUCUGACCUUGUUUCUAUCCGGCAACGUUGCGCUUCUGUUAUUGUCAUUUACAGAAGGUAGAUCGUCUUGUUUCGCGACGUGAUGUAAUGCACGAAUAAGUAUGAAAAACAAUGAUGAUGAACAUGAUGUUGUCGAUGCUAUUCUUUCGGUCGUGCACAGGUGAAGUGAUAAUUACGAACCGACCAUGACCAUGUACCUUCAAUAAUGAACCGAUUAUUUUUUCCAUAAAUCGAAGAAGUAGAGAGACGCUUGAAAACGCUGUUUUUUUCAGAGACAUAUCAUACAUUAUCAUGAAUGUUGCGUGCAGAUGCUGGUGCACAGUACGCAAUACAACUUAUAAAUCAAAAAUUACACUGCGG